UUUCCUUGUCUUUGACUGGAGACCAUCUAGCUGAGAGGCGGACGAUAACAGCAUCCCUUGCUGUUAUUCAGCCAUCACACAUCUCAAUGAACUGCUCGCACAGAAAGCACUCGUCGUGCCUCCUGCUUUUUGCAGGGCAGAGAUACUGAUCAGUGUCUAAAUACUGCAUUUUUUUUCUUAUGAAAUUAUUUUUUUCAUAGACUUUUUUUUUUUCUUUUCCACCAUGGUGCUAGGAAAGGUAAAGAGCUUCACGGUGAGCUACGACUGUCUCAAUGACAGCAAUGUCCCCGUCUUCUCCAGCGGGGACUGCGUCUCAGGGAGGGUGACCAUCGAAGUCACCGGAGAAAUCCGCGUCAAGUCGCUCAAAAUCCACGCGAAGGGAUUUGCGAAAGUUCGUUGGACUGAAUCGAGAAACGCUGGAUCCAACACUGCCUACACCCAAAACUAUACGGAAGAAGUGGAAUAUCUAAAUCACAAAGACAUCUUGAUCGGGCACGAGAGAGACGAUGACAACUCUGAGGAAGGACUCACCACUAUCCAUUCAGGGCGACACGAGUAUGCAUUCAGCCUCGAGCUUCCACAGACACCUUUGGCUACCUCUUUCGAAGGGAAACAUGGCAGUGUGCGCUAUUGGGUAAAGGCAGAACUCCACAGGCCGUGGCUCUUGCCCAUGAAGACCAAGAAGGAAUUUACAGUCUUUGAGCACAUUGACAUCAACACUCCAUUAUUGCUGUCACCACAGGCCGGCACAAAAGACAAGACGCUUUGCUGUUGGUUCUGCACCUCAGGUCCUAUUUCCCUAAGUGCCAAAAUUGAAAGGAAGGGAUACACCCCAGGAGAGUCGAUCCAGAUCUUUGCCGAGAUUGAGAACUGCUCAUCCCGCAUGGUGGUGCCGAAGGCGGCCAUCUACCAGACCCAGACCUUCUAUGCCAAAGGGAAGAUGAAGGAGGUCAAGCAGCUGGUGGCUAACCUGCGGGGAGAGUCUCUGUCCUCGGGCAAAACUGAGACCUGGAGCGGCAAGAUGCUGAAGAUCCCACCUGUCUCACCCUCCAUCCUGGACUGCAGCAUUAUCAGAGUCGAGUACUCCCUCAUGGUUUACGUGGACAUACCUGGGGCAAUAAACCUCUCCCUGAACCUGCCGCUGGUCAUCGGGACGAUCCCUCUCCACCCAUUCGGCUCCCGUACCUCCAGUGUCAGCAGCCAGUGCAGCAUGAGCUGGCUGGGCAUGGGUCUGCCUGAGAGGCCUGAAGCUCCUCCAAGCUAUGCAGAAAUCGCGACAGAGGCGCAGAGGCAGAGCAGUCGGGACGUCCCGGCGGCGCGCGAGGAGCUGGACGGACCUCUCUUCGCCUACAUUCAUGAGUUCCGCUUCCAGCCUCCUCCUCUGUACUCUGAGAUUGACCCGAAUCCAGAUCACGCCAGACGUACAGAGGAGCAAAGGCUUGACGCCUGUCCAUCACGCUGAAGGGUUUUCCUGAAAAUCCCCCCCACCGACGUGGGGGAUCUCUAAAGAAAAUUGCUUUCAAGGCUCAGCUUUGUUUAUUUUUCUCCAACAACAAUGUUCACUCAACGCUGUUGACAUCAAGAGAAAUACAAAGUGUCCAACCAACCAACAAAAAACCCACAGUUGCGUUGGGUUGGACAAAUUUGUUCCUGCUUCCCUCAGCAAGAGAAACCGGAUCCACCAGUUUGGGCCAUCGCUUCCUUCCUGUGUCAGCCUGCUGAGGGUGGAAGGUAUACAGAUGAACACAUUUCAGUCUGUAUGAAAAACCCAACUGGUAGCGAGAGCCCCGGUGAUAGUGUUGACAAUGACAACAAAGACUCGGCAAGGCUCGGCCCGCCAAGCUUCUCUCUAACUCCUGAUUCUUCUGUGCUCGUGGCACAUACGCACAUGGCUCCUCACGCAAAGGAGGACCGAUCUUGUCCGAACUUCAGCAAAGUAACCUAAAGAAAACUCAACAAAAAGAGUAAUAGAUUCAGCGUUCGAUCCACCACAGUCUGCAUGAAUGCGAGCAUUCUGCAGCCAACAAAGAGCAAAGAGUAGGUCCUCCUGCCUCAUUUUUUCUUUUUUUUUUGCACACUUUAUUCUUUACUUGAUCUGUGUUGCUCUGUUUAAUGUUAGUUGGGAAAAAAAUAGGACGCGCCAGACUACGAAUAAGAGACUGCAGGCUAAACUUUGUGUAACGCUGACGACAGGAUUUGAUUUUUGGGAAGAAAAAAAAAGAUUGGCGAGAACACUGCACUGAAUUUGUUUAUGAUUUUUUCUUAUUCUCUUUAUGACAUUUCCUGACUUAAGACAACUAGACUGGACUUUCGUAGCACACUAUCUUCAUCUUUUAAGAUGUUACCUCCUCAGCUUUGAUCCUCCCCUUAUAGUUGACAUCUUUUUUUCUCUUUUUGUAUUUAGCUCCAAUCAUAGACUAGAUAUUAGCCUUUAUUGUGUUGAGGUUGCUCUGGAUUUGGACUGGGAGGGUUGCAGACCUGCAUUGUAGCUACGGAGAAAAGUGUGUGUGUGUGUGUGUGUGUGUGUGUGUGUGUGUGUGUGUGUGUGAGAGAGAGAAACAAAGAGAGUUGUACAUUGUGGAGGGACUCGCCUCACCCUAAUUACCUGCAGCCCCUCUACUCCCGAUCACAGAGCAAGCCAGGCUUGCAAAACUGUCCAAACCGCAGUCUCAGGUGGUCGUCUCACUUGCCAAACAGUUGGGGUAAAAAUGUUUGGAUUUUUUUAAUUGCACUGUUAAAAAGUAAUGAAAGUUUUCGUUUUUAACUACCAAAACAAGAUGGAACUGCAGAGAAGCAAGGCAGCUUUCUGAGAUUAAUCACAUUCCCUUUUUGUCCUGCUGCACUUGCCCAGUUCAUCCAACCAACAGUUGCAUUUUACCAGACCAGUGAAGCCAGGACGCUUGCUAUGAAACUCAAAGAUGAGAAAGCGGAGUACUUCUGCUUUAACGGAGCAAACCCAGACAAAUUAAAAGCUGGGGACGUUGCUAAACCUCUGUUUGACUGCUCAGAACAAGUAGUGGUAGGUUGACACGAGUAAUACAUUGGUUUUCUAACUCAUUCAACACUAAAGACCAGCUGUAACAGAGGUUUGACAUAGUCACAAAAAAAAAAAAAGAAUAGAUGCACUUUUUUGAUAAGAAACAAAAAGCGUUGAAUGGAAAAGGUCUGGGGAUGUAAUUGUUUGGUACUAACCAGUAAAGCAGUGUUGUGUAGGACCUGGAUGAAUUGUUAGAUUUCUUUUUUUUUUUAAGAUUAGUGACUUUUUAAAAGAAGUUUACAUUUUUAAAACGUAGCUGACACAAGUUUGUAUGUGUUGUGUUUGUGAGUCUGUGUGUGUGUGUGCGCGCUCUUAUCGGGAUCCAGCUGACGACUAAAUAUCUGACAGAAAUCGACAAACUGCAAAUUAAAGUGAUCUUAUCUCAGUGGCCUUGACACAGAAAAGACCUGAUCAUAAGUCACAGUGUCUAUGAUAACUCUUUUUCUCUUAUGUUUGUUCACCUUAGUUUGUUUUCGACCUUUCCGUGUUCAUUCAAAAGGACAAAAAGGGAAGAGGGAAAAAAAAAAGGUUUUCAGAAAAUAAUAUCCUGCACAGCUUGUCUCAAUUGUGCUAUUUUCCUGAAGCUGAUGAGGGGUUACUAUUUCUUCCUUUUUUUUCACGUUUUUCUGAACGUUCAUAUAGUUUGCUUCCUAGUUUAACAUGCAACCUCCCUGACCAGUCUCACCCCCCCAAGGUGGGGGACCGCUGUUGAUCAGCACCCUUCCGACUAGCGGCGUCUUCUACUAUCCUGAUGUAGUUGUUUGCAGUUCUUUGGACUUUUAUCUUAGGGAUAUUGAAUCAAGCUACACAAUAAUGAAUAAGCUUAUAUAUUUGUUUCAGGUUGGUCAAUUCCAUAGUCCAUUUGCUCGGGCCGCAGAGUAGUCCAGUGUCAAAACUAAGCUAAACCCCUGACUUGAUAAAGGCAGGAACUGAAAUGUUCAGAGAUAAAGAACCUGGGAAAUGGUAUCUGAAACAUUUUAGAAACAAAGUGCAAUAUUGCUCACUGAAUUUUCUUUAUUUCCCAUUUGUAUGUUUGUUUUUAGCAUUUUUUGUCUCAAUUGUCACAAUGUAUAGAUAUUCUAUGAAUAUACUAUGUUCUGAAUGGCUUAACUUUGUCUAGUUCUCCUCUUUGAUUUGAAUAAACGUUACGUUGAAAAUUACAA